UCAUAAGGCAACCACGUUUUCCUUUUUGGAUAAUUUUGUUCAAAUAUUCUUUUCCACUAUCAUUUCAAAGAAGUAGGGUGUUCGAUGUGGAUUUCUCUAAUCCUUGCUUUCACACCCUCAGUGACGUUGCUCUGUGCACCGUUUCUUAAGUCAACUUUUAGAAUAGUUAAAAUAAGAUGCUGAACCAAUAUGCCUUUUAUACGGUAAUAAUGGAUCGUAUUUGAGGAUUGACAAUUAUGAAGGUGUUUACUUGGAAAUGCCUAACUCUCACGAAUUCUUAAAUGCCAACACAAUGGCGCCGUAUGGCAUUGCAGACGCACUUCAUUGGAUUUUGUCAUAAAAGGUAUUUCUUGGAAAAUGAGCCGCCAAUUCUGGGAUUGCACAAGAAGCCAAGAAGUCACAAUAGAUGUGCAGUAAAGUACAGUUCCAAAAUUAUGAUAAUCGUUAGAUCAACUGAAGUGUCAAAAAUUGAAAUACCGUUGCAACACUUGAAGGUCUUUGUUUUCCAAGUUGCAUUGUAUUCCCCUAUAAAGUGGUUGGCACUGGCAGUUUUGGGUUCGACGAAACUGAGUGACACAAAGCGUUGAAAUUGUAACAUGUUAACUAGAUAAUCACAUAAUAGAAGCUAAAUAAAGAAUAAAAAUUUUCACAAACAAAAUCAACAUUUAUA